AUGAUGUUCACAAGAGCGGACAAAGGAAAUACUACGGUUGCCAUUACCAAAAAAGAUUACUUCAAUAAAGUUAAUGAACUAUUACAAGACAAUAACACAUACCUACUCAUACAAAAAAAUCCAAUAUGCAAAAUCGAAACCGAACUCAAAGACAUACUUAACAGAUGGCUUUUGAAAGGNUUCAUCGAAAAAAACACAAAAUCUAGACUAAUAUCCAGUGAUUCCNUAUUACCACGCGCCUAUGGCGUUCCCAAAAUCCAUAAACCACAUUGNCCAUUCCGUAUAAUAGUUUCAACAAUCAACAGUCCAUUACAUUAUUUCCCCAUAUAUCUACAUAAAAUCAUAAACAAAAGUAUACCUACGUCACCAUUCUACAUUAAAGACAGUUUUCAAUUAUACAAUGUUCUUACCGAUCUACCUAUACAAAACGAUUACAUACUGUGCUCGUUGGACAUCACAUCCUUGUUCACAAACAUACCAAUAGACCUAGCGUUAGAUAGCAUAAAAAACAGAUGGAAANACAUUAAAUUACACACUAAGAUUAGUCAAGAGGAAUUUAUAUUAGCAAUACGUUUCGUAAUGUCGUCAACGUAUUUNACUUUCGAUAACAAAAUAUACAAGCAAACAUUCGGUACUCCGAUUGGGUCACCACUUUCACCUAUAAUAGCAGAUAUCACUCUCCAAGAUUUAGAAUUAAAAGCUCUUAAUUCACUAAAAUUCAACAUUCCAUUUUACUACAGAUACGUUGACGACAUUGCGCUAUCCAUCCCUAAAAAUCAAUUGAACAAAGUUAUAAAUACGUUCAAUUCUUAUCACCUAAGAUUACAGUUCGCAUAUGAAAUACAACAUAAUGACACUCUCAACUUUCUAGAUAUAACAAUUUGCUUAGAAAACAGAAGGUUAACUUGCGAUUGGUACCACAAGCCCACAUCUUCUCGGGUAGAUAUUUAA